AUGAAAAAGAAAAAAGUUCAGAGAAGCGGGAACCCUUUAUUUCUCUCUCCUCCAAGCUCAAUCUCUCCGUCUCCUCUUCCUCUCCCUUCUUCUCGGUUCCUCCCAUCUCCUCGAACAAACUCAGAAAAGGAGAAGGCGAUUGUGAUUUCUGGUCCCACCGGCACAGGUAAAAGCAGACUCGCCCUGGAGCUAGCCAACGGCGAAAUCAUCAGUGCUGACUCUGUUCAGGAGGUGCCCCAUCAUCUUAUCGACAUUUUGCAUCCAUCUCAAGAUGUCUCAAAUCCUUCACAUGUUUGUGCUUUGGAGUUUGACACUAUAGUUCUGGGCCCUCGUUUACCGACGGCGAUAAUGUUUGGCCUAUUCGCGUUGCGUCGUAGAAAUCUCCACACGACAACACACUUUGAAUCUCCACUGUUCCAGAAACUCAUCGAAGACUUAAAAUGCUGCAGAGACGUUGCCCAAGUUUCUCGAAUCCAUGCCUACAUGGUCAAAACAGGGAUCGACAAGGACGAUUUCACAGUGAGCAAGCUCAUCGCUUCCUCUCUUCAAGACAUCCAAUACGCCUCCUCCAUCUUCAACAACGUCUCCAACACUACUCUCUUCAUGUUCAACACAAUCCUCAGAGGUUACUCUCUCAGCGAAGACCCAGAGCGAGCCUUCCCUCUCUUUAACCAAUUGAGAGCUCAAGUUCCCACCUUGGAUCGCUUCUCCUUCAUCGCGGCUCUGAAAUCAUGCACUCGUCAAUUGGGUUGUGGAAUCGGCGAGGGUGUGCAUGGGAUCGUAUUGAGAUCUGGGUUCAUGCGAUUUACCGAUUUGAGAAACUCUCUUCUUCAUUUUUACUGUGUUUCUCGGAGGAUCAGUGAUGCACGGAAGCUGUUCGACGAAAUGCCGCAGAGGGUCGAUGCUAUUUCGUUUACUACUUUGAUGAAUGGGUAUCUUCAGGUUUCUAAGCCCGCGUUGGCUCUGUUUUUGUUCAGGGAUAUGCGGAGAAGUGAGAUCGUUAUUAGUGUUAGUACGCUGCUUAGCUUUCUUUCAGCUACUGGUGAUCUUGGAGACUUGUUAGGUGCAGAAUCUGCUUAUGGAUUAUCUAUCAAGACUGGUUUUGAUCUUAAGUUGCAUUUAGUUACAGCUUUGAUAGGUAUGUACGCCAAAAUUGGGGACAUGAGUUCAGCACGAAGGAUCUUUAAUUGUUCUGCAAGGAAGGACGUUGUUAUGUGGAAUUGUAUGAUUGACCAGUAUGCCAAAACGGGUCUACUUGAAGAGUGUCUAUCGCUACUGAGGCAGAUGAAGUAUGAACAGCUGAAACCAAAUUCAUCAACGUUUGCUGGGCUGUUGUCUUCCUGUGCGAGCUACGAAGCAUUAUCCAUAGGACAGAGCGUUGGACACUUGGUGGAAGAGGAGAGAAUAGCUUUGGAUGCAGUACUCGGAACCGCACUCCUUGAUAUGUAUGCAAAACUAGGGAUGAUUCACAAAGCUGUUGAGAUUUUUGAUAGGAUGAAGAACAAGGAUGUGAAGUCUUGGACUGCAAUGAUCUCGGGAUACGGAUCGCAUGGACUAGCAAGAGAAGCAAUAAAUCUAUUCUUUAAGAUGGAGGAAAGGAAAGUGAUGCCCAAUGAGAUUACUUUCUUGGUUGUGUUGAAUUCUUGUAGCCAUGGAGGUCUGGUAAUGGAAGGAAUCAGAUGCUUUAAGAGGAUGGUUGAGGUAUACCGUUUCAUACCCAAAGUUGAGCAUUAUGGUUGUGUGGUUGAUCUUUUAGGUCGAGCAGGGCAGUUAGAGGAAGCAUAUGAAUUGAUAAAGAAUUUACCUAUUAGAAGCGACUCAACAGCUUGGCGUGCUUUGCUAGCUGCUUGUAGAGUCUAUGGGAAUGUAGAUUUGGGGGGACGUGUGAGAAUUAAAUUGGUUGAAAUGGGUGAGAGAAAUUUUGCUGAUGCAAUUCUUUUGGCUGGAACACAUUCUGUUGCAGGGAAUCCGCAAGGUCGACAAGAUUUAUUAGAUAAUGAAUUUUAUAAAGAGAAAAAGAAAGCUGCAUAUAGUGCCAUUGAAAGAGAAUGGAGUAGUGAAUCAAUCUGUGGGCUUAUUUCACCUGUGUUAAAAAGAUAAUCAUUGUAGGAUUUUGAGUGACUUGAGUGAUUUUGUUAUCCUAUGUUUCAAAAAAUUGCUAUAGUUGUUAAAAAAAUUGUUUUGGUAUGAUUCAUUGUAGGAUAUGUAUUAUUCAAUAGCAAUAAAAAUUUGAGAGUAUAUG